AUGGCUGAAACUAACAAGUUGGUUGAAUUACUGACAAAAUGUUGGGAAUCGAUUAGGAAUUCCCUCGAUCGAAUUCGAAGCUUCGAGUCCCUCUCCCUCGUCUUCACCCAAUUCUUGUCCAUCACCAAUCACCAUUCACCUCGGUUGUUCCCUGCCCAUCUCUUCCCGAACGUCCCCGUCUUUGUCCCUACUCCUUAUCCACCCAUUAAUGCUAAGUCGUCUUCUCCAGAUAGCAUUGGUUGCUAA